CCCGUCUUCCAUUCCUGGAUGAGGAACCCGCGCUGGUAUUUCUGUUCUAUCGUUUAUUCGUGCUUUCUUCUGUGGUCAAUGUGACAGCUGCGCCGUGUUAAAAUCUCUGUAGAAUACAAACUACGAGCUCAUUUCAAUUCCAGACACAAAUACGGAAAAAAGAUAUUUGAAUAGGAGAUACACUUCGACAAACGCUAUCAAUAUUUUGACUCCUAGAGUACUUUGUCACCAAAGUAUGACUUCAAUCUCCCAAAAUGCGAGAACGUUGAAGAUGUCGACCAGCCCACGAAACCAUUACCAACACAAAAUCAAUCAGAGUUACAUCGGUGCGAAUGAUAUGAAUAUCUACGUCUCUUCUCCUGUUCCUUCUGUCGACGUUCAUAAUGGCAGUAUCACCAAUAUCAAGACAGAAGCGAGCAGCAUKGAUAGCAACCCACAUAAUGUCAGCAACACUAGUAGCAGUAUGAAAUUCAGCAGCUCCCAUCACCACCAAUAUCAUCACGGAACAAGACCUUCUUUGGCAGGUUUUGAUCCCUUUUCAUCCGAGCAACAAACUCCACCACCGACAAAAUCUAUAGCACCCGACACGCGUGGUAAUUCCUCUCCAUCUGGAGAGGUUGAUCUCGCAUUCGAAGGUGCAGACUCGGGCUAUAGCAAAAUGGAAAAACAUCGGCCGCAUAGGCUCGGUCUGGGAAACGUCGAAAACUUUGACAACGAACAAGUCGAUACGAACGGAGUUGCUUCUGCCGGUGCGAAUCCCUCGAAAAAAACGACUUCUGCCAAGGGUCCAAUGAAGAAGGUCAACAAAUUCCUUCGCAAGUCGAUUCUUGCCAAAUCUCUUACGAUGGCUAGGCAGAUAUCGGCCGAGCGCAAUCCAUCCACCCAAAAGACCCCCUCAGCUGUCUCGCCUGUUUCGGUCGUUUCGUUGAACGACAAUGUAUCCAACCCCGGGAACAACGAUGAACAUCUACCUGGAAAGCAACAGAUGACUGCUUCGACAAUCACAACCAACCCAAAGGGCAUGCCCAGUUCAUUUAUUCAUGCAGACCAAUCACCAUCACUGCCAUCGCAACCCUUGGUAUUGUCCAAAGGACCGACUAGCUUGACCCAGGACCUUCUAGAACUAAAAGAAGGAUUUCAGAACCACGCUACGCUCGAGAUCCCAUUGUUGACUACACCUCAUAAACAACGCAACAAACCUAACUACGCUCCGACGUCCUUCUUGACCGGUACUCAGUCCAAAGGAAUUGACUACGAGGCUCCCGUCCUAACAUCUUGCCUUUUCAACGACGCCACUCCGUUCCAACUGGAGAUCCCUUCGCUGCUCGAAGUAGUUACAAUGGCCCGACUGAACGAAUUUGUCGAAAACUACCGAAAGCAGGACCAAAACCUGGAUUUGCGCCAAUUCGUGGGCCUCUCUAGGCUGCAGCUCGAGCACAAACUCCAAACCAGCUGUGCCACGACAAGCAAUCAUUCCAGCAACAAGAACAUUGCCACUAGCAACAACAUUCUCGUUAAAGAACACAUACCGAUUGUUCAAUCCCUCCUGGAUUGUAGCGAGCACGACCACGAUGAAAUCACUGCAACCACCAACACCAAGGGAGGAGAAAUCUCUAUUCAAGGCUUCACAACCGAAUCUGGAGGCGAGAACCAUUCUGCGGACGAUCGAACGGAAGCAGUUAUCUUCCAGGGCCAGAGAAACUUUACCGUCGUGUUCCGUGGAACGACCGAGCAGCAGGCGAAGGGAUUGCAAGGCGGCGGCAACAACAGCAAAUCAAAAAAGCGCGCUGUGGACCUGAACGACGACGAGAACGGCGGCUCGGAAUUCCCCGAUCUCAACAAGAACAAUCCCAACAGCCGGUGCACCAUCGAAGUGUACAGCGGUUUCAAGGAAAGCUAUUCCAGGAUCGAAGAAGAAUGCUUCCGGCAGGUCGACAAGCUGGUCGAUGAGAAUCCCUUCUGCGACGUUUUCUUUUCGGGCUAUUCCUUUGGGGGGGCCCUGGCCACCCUCGCCGCGUUUCGGUACGCGAAAGCCCGGCCCAUGAUGCGGGUGGGGUGCCUGACGCUCGGCUCGCCCAAGGCCGGGUUUGCAGGGUUUCGGCAGGCGGCCAACGCGCUGCCCAACCUCAAGGUGAUGCGCCUGGAGCUGGGAAAGGACGCAAGGUGCCAGGGACCUACCGCGGGUGGUUCUCACGCCGGGCACACCGUGGUGCUGAACCACACGGGGAGCGGCGGCCCCACCGGGAGCAGCGGCAGCAAUCCCCACAACAAGAGCAACGCGGCAAGCAAGUCCACCGGCGGCGGAAACGCCGCGACGCCGCCGGUGUCCCAAGGGCCUUUUCCGUCCUCUCCAUCGGACCACCGGAAGCCCUCGGUGUCGGUCUACAAGUUUGCGACGCCCAAGCACAAGAACGGGUUUUUCAAGUCGUCCAAUCCCGGCCUGAAAAAGUACAUUUCGACGCUGGAGGACCUGGCCACCCUCAACAAGACCAGCGGCAGGAGUGCGUCUUCUCUGACGUGGGCGACGGAUUUUGCCAACAACGCCGGGGAGGGAGUGGUAGUGAACAACGAGAAACGACAGAUGGUGUAACAACGAAACCCAGGGGAGGUGUUUUGGGUCCGGGACAGCUGGCACACCCAGAGUCUAUUUUGCUAUGCCCUUUCCCUGUUCUCGUCCCCGCGCCUCCCAUGUGCAUAUGCUCGGCGACCACAGACUUUCAUUAGCGAUAUUCCACGAUCGAUCGAUCGAUUGAUCUAUAGUACAUUUUUACAUUA